CGAAGCCAUUUGUCUAGGGUGCGACUAAGGCGAUGCUAGCUUUUCAACAAGCUAACAGCGGAGUUGCCUCAGUCGUCCAGGUCCCAAGGCCCGCGGCAUAAUAAGGCGCUCGGAAAUGUCGAUGCUGGCUGAGCGUCGGCGGAAGCAGAAGUGGGCUGUGGAUCCAAGAAACACUGCCUGGAGUAAUGAUGAUUCCAAGUUUGGCCAAAGGAUGCUAGAGAAGAUGGGGUGGUCAAAAGGAAAGGGUUUAGGGGCUCAAGAGCAAGGAGCCACAGAUCAUAUUAAAGUUCAAGUUAAAAAUAAUCACCUGGGACUUGGAGCUACAAUCAAUAAUGAAGACAACUGGAUUGCUCAUCAAGAUGAUUUUAACCAGCUUCUCACUGAACUGAACACUUGCCAUGGGCAGGAAAAAGCAGAUUCCUCAGACAACAAGGAGAAGAAAUCUUUUAGCCUUGAAAAAAAGUCCAAAAUUUCCAAAAACCGUGUUCAUUACAUGAAAUUCACAAAAGGGAAGGAUCUAUCAUCUCGGAGCAAAGUGGACCUUGAUUGCAUUUUUGGGAAAAGGCAGAGUAAGAAGACUACUGAGGAUGAUUCCACACCCGGCACUCCAGAUGAGAAUGAGACUUCCACUACCACAACCAGUGCCUUCACCAUCCAGGAGUAUUUUGCCAAGAGGAUGGCAGAGCUAAAGAACAAGCCCCAGGUCACAGCUGCAGGUCCUGAACUUUCAAAGACCCAAACUGAAUGGAAAAGGGGAAAGAAAAGAAACAGGGAAGAAAAAGAUAAAAACGUGGAGAAUUGCACCCAACCCAAGGCCAAGCAGCCUAAAAAGGAAAAGUCUCAGGGAAAAGAGAGUCCUGUGUGCGCAGCCAAGAAGAGAAGAGACCAAGUUGAACAGCCACUCAGAGACCCUUGCUGUGACAAGAAUUCCAACAAUUCUGCUGAGGGUGGGGAGGAUGGUGUGUGGCCACCUGGAGACCAGGAAUUUACCCCAAAACCCAGAAAAAGGAAAGAAAAGAACAAGCUAAAAAAGCAGAGAGAGGCAGCAGUGGACACUACACUAGAGGAAACACCAGUGAAAAAGAAGAAGAAAAAGAAGAAAGGUUCCAAGUAAAUAUCUCUAGCCAGGGCCUUCCAGAUGUCAGGCGCUGCCAGGGCAAAAAUCGUUGGCCUGAAGUCAGAGCAUAGUUUAACCCGAGAUAGUUUGUUCACAUCUUUUAACAUGUCCAUGGAUUGCUGAGUCUCGCCCUCUCACCACAUUUUUCCCAAAUCAUAUUCCCAGAAGAAUUUUUUUUUAAUGUUCCAAAUCAUGGAUCUCCUAAGCAAAUAAAUUCCUUUUUAGGUUCUCAACCCUUCACCAUGAGUGUUUAUUCACAUUCAUAUGAAUACAUUGAGUCGUGUACAUGUAUGCAUGUGUAUGCAUACAUAUCAUAGUUUGUAUCUUCUAUUGGCUUCCUUCAAUAACAAUAUGCUUCCUUCUGAAGAACUUAAUCUAAUAAAAGGAUUAAGAGUCAA